GUAGAUUGGGCUGUUAAGGUGCUCAACAAGAUGAGAGAAAAUGGGUGUUUGCCCAACAUUACGACAUAUAAUGAGUUAUUGGCCGGAUGGUCUGUUCAAGGUGAACAGAUUCGAAGAAGCAUUUGGACUUGUCAGGGAGAUAGAUGAAAAGGGACUGAAACUGAAUUUGGUAACAUACAACACCAUUUUGAAUGGUUUUUGUCGCACUGGGAUGACCAACGAGGCUAUGCAGGUUUUUAGCAACAUGCUAACAAGGGGAACAAAGCCUGAUGCCAUUACAUAUAACAUACUGAUAUAUUUCUAUUGCAAGCAAGGCAGGAUAAAGACUGCUAUUCAGCUUUUCAACAGUACUGGUGCAGCAAAGGAGUGGUGCCCGGAUGUAAUAGCUUACACUAGUCUUCUAAGUGUGAUUUGUAACUCGGUAGGUCUAGACCAGGCCAUGGUUUAUCUUGAUAAGAUGAUAAGGGAAGGUAUCUACCCCAACAUUGGCACAUGGAAGCCAAUCUACAUACUGGAUGAUAUUCUUCGUGAAGGUUCUUCGUGAAAGAUAAGAACCAUGAUCUCCGAUUUUAUUGUA